GUGUGCGUCUCCAAGAAGGGAAGGACACAGUAGCUCACUGCAUGCUUCAUGCUUUCCGUUAACAAUAAACAUGCAAUCUGUCACAGCUCAGUAGUGUCAAGAGAAGUGAAAAAUGGAAGUGUUGUCCGAGUUACCAAAGAUGUCUGAUAAUGGUGAAGUAGAAGACAAGCCUCCAGCUCCUCCCAUGAGAAAUACAAGCACUUUGAUUGGUGCCAGUAACAAGGACUCUGGGGUUCUUAAUCAUGGUUCUAAACCCCUCCCACCACAUCCUGAGGAGAAGAAAAAAAAGGAUAACUUCAUAUGGUCCAUCUUUCCAGGAGCUGGAGAUAAAACGAACAAGAAGAAAGAGAAAGAACGACCAGAAAUCUCAUUGCCUUCUGAUUUUGAGCACACAAUACAUGUUGGAUUUGAUUCGGUCACUGGAGAAUUCACUGGUAUGCCAGAGCAAUGGGCCCGAUUACUGCAAACCUCCAACAUUACCAAAUUAGAACAGAAGAAAAAUCCUCAGGCAGUCUUAGAUGUCCUAGAAUUCUACAAUUCUAAAAGAACUUCUAACAGUCAAAAGUAUAUGAGCUUUACAGACACAACCGCAGAUGAUUACAGUUCCUCAAAUACACUUAGUACAAGAGUGGUGUCAGAACCCCAUGUGGUGCCUUCAGUCUUGGAAGAUGAGGAUGAUGAAGAUGAAGAAGCUGCUCCUCCUCCAGUGAUAGCACCGCGGCCAGAGCACACAAAAUCGAUAUAUACACGAUCAGUGAUUGACCCGAUCCCUCCUCCAGUACCGCCCAGCAAAGAUGUGGUUACACCUCCUGUCACCUCACCGACUGACAACAGCACAACUACUGAUGCAGUAGCAAAAAAUGCGGAGAAACCAAAGAAAAAAGCAAAAAUGACAGAUGAGGAGAUCAUAGAAAAAUUAAGAAGCAUUGUCAGUGUGGGAGAUCCUAAAAAGAAAUAUACCCGAUUUGAGAAGAUUGGACAAGGAGCAUCAGGCACGGUAUACACUGCAAUUGAUGUAGCUACAGCACAGGAGGUAGCGAUUAAACAGAUGAAUUUACAACAGCAGCCUAAAAAGGAACUAAUUAUCAAUGAAAUUCUAGUCAUGAGGGAAAACAAAAAUGCCAAUAUUGUGAAUUAUUUAGAUAGUUACCUCGUCGGGGAUGAAUUGUGGGUAGUUAUGGAGUACUUGGCUGGCGGGUCCUUAACAGAUGUUGUAACUGAAACUUGUAUGGACGAGGGGCAGAUAGCCGCUGUGUGCCGAGAGUGUCUGCAAGCACUGGAGUUCCUUCAUUCUAAUCAGGUCAUUCACAGGGAUAUCAAGAGUGACAACAUUCUGCUAGGAAUGGACGGCUCUGUCAAACUAACUGAUUUUGGUUUCUGCGCUCAGAUUACUCCAGAGCAGAGUAAACGAAGUACCAUGGUAGGUACCCCAUAUUGGAUGGCGCCAGAAGUGGUAACCCGGAAAGCGUAUGGACCAAAGGUUGACAUCUGGUCUUUGGGAAUCAUGGCUAUUGAAAUGAUUGAGGGGGAGCCACCUUACCUUAAUGAAAAUCCUCUUCGAGCACUCUACCUUAUUGCUACAAAUGGUACACCAGAGCUGCAAAAUCCAGAAAGACUGUCUACAGUGUUCAGAGAUUUUCUUAAUCGCUGCUUGGAGAUGGAUGUAGAAAAGCGGAACUCUGCAAAGGAGCUACUUCAGCACCCAUUCCUCAAGUUGGCAAAACCUCUGUCAAGUCUUACACCUUUGAUUGUUGCUGCUAAAGAGGCUGCAAAGAGCAACCACUAAGGAAGCAUGUCAGACAUUUCUGUGAAUGGUUUCAGUGAAUAAACAAAUCAUGUUGACUUCUGGAGUUUCUGACCUAUUGGUCACUGCAAGGCUUGUUCAAGAACAUGUGACAAAUGGUCUGAAAUGCUGGAGCAGAAUGACAAUUUGGACAGGAGAACUGCUGAAUUAAGAAAACUAAAAACAAACUGUACUGCAUUUUUCAGGUCUGAGAAUUUUGUAUGGUUUGAAUGGUCUUCGAAGAAAGCCCAAGAAGAAGCUUAUUUUCUGUAGAUGCAAAAAUUAUUUCUUUUUUUAGUGUGAUUUUUCUGUUUUGGCUAUGGUAUAGAAUAUUGACUAUGUUGAUCUUAAUAAAUUAAAUUUUGUUUGUCAAACUAAAUGGAUUGCACUUUAUGAAGGCAUUUUUACUGGAAACCUAAAAGGGUUUAACAGUACUUAGAAGUAUGGUAUAUAUCAAGGCAUUCAUAAUGAAUUACAAGGCAAGUAAUGGGAUGAGGCAGUCUGAGCUGUUCACUUUUCAGAAUUUUAAAUGGCUUUGUUUCCAUUUUGUGCACUAUAGUGACCAUUUAGUCUGUUUAAUAUGCAUAUAAUAUUUGCAUAUCAUUUGGAUUAAUGCAUUUCCUAUGAGAUAGUGCUGUUCCUGCACCCUGGUAUUUUUAUCAUGGCGAGUUAAUGUUGCACACUGAGGAAAUGACUGCAGCAAUGGAAUGCUUGUAGGAUUAUCAUACAUUUGACUUUAUUUUGACUGUUGCCAGCAAUGGCAAACCUCUCUGAACCUUAGGAACACUUUUCACACUUGAGUAUAAUUGUAUGGGCUUCCAUUCUCUACUGUAGUUCUUUCAGACUGACUGAAUUGUUUGCAUUCCUCCCAAGUUUUAUGUUACUGCUUUGCAAAUUUUGCGUGACGCCACUGCUUUAUGCCUUCUUUGCCAAAUGUGUUAUCUGAAUGACUCUGUGGUCCUAAUUAAAAAGAUGGAGCCCAUACAUGCAUCUACAGUGUGUGUUCGUGCUGCACUCAUUUUUAGAAAGCCCAGGUGUAAGCAUUUUGGAGAACUCCCUCUUCCCCCAGUGCUGAAGAUGCUGGAUACAUUCAUUACAUGACGCUUUACAGCAAACAAACCAGUUGGGAUGGAGACCUGCCUUGCGUCUAGGAGACUAGCAUGAAGUCAAGGAAUUGCUUUAAUCUGGAAUGCUGUUUUCACCUUCUUUCAAAAAACAUAGACUCUCAUUUGAAGGGUGAUAAAAAAUACAGAACAAUGUAUAGGCACAAUCAGAUCAGAGAGAAAAGCAUGUACCAGCAAGGCGUCUGACCUAAUGGGAGAAAUCUGCAUUUGUACUCGUUAGAAAUGGCUUACAAAAAUGUUUAAUAGUUGACUGUAUUUGAAAGCAAUUUUAUGGGGAAAAAAUGUGUUCAGUACUAAUGUUGAUGGUGGUUACUUUUUCUUUUAAAAUGCUUUUGUGGCAAUGCUUUUAUCUUGCCAGGCUUUUAGACUCUCAGCAUUCUGCUGGUAUCAUAAAUAGAUGACUGCAGAAAUUAUUUUAUUAGAAGCACAUAAGUUUAAAAGAGAGAGAGAUGUAUAGCUGCAGGACGCCCAAGUUUAGUAGAAUAUUUCUGUAUCCAAGUGCUCUUCUUUUUAAUGUUUAAAAGAAGUUACAGACCUACUUGUUUUCUGUGCAUUUUUCAAGUUUUAUAAUCGCUGUCACAAUGCAAGCAGCCGAAAGUUUGAGGGCGUCAAGGACAGAUUAAUUGCUCCUGGUAUUUGAUUUUGUUCUCUGAAACAGGUCUUAGAGGAGCAAGAGAGAAAACCAUAUGGUGCAAAAAGUCAGGAAUUGUAUAGCAAAAUCUCUAGAUGCACAUUACAAAGAAGAUUAUUUUCACAUUUUUUUUUAAAGAAAAUUCUUAACUUGAUUUUGUACUGAACAUUUUAUUCUCAUUUUACUGCUUGUAUACAUUUAUGAAUUGUUUAAGCUUUUCAAAUCUUCAUUCAAGGUGUAAAACUUGACAUGCAUGGAAUCAUGAGACAUUGCACACAGUUCAAACAUUGUGAAAAGUUUUAUAAAAUUCAUAGGUACUGAAUAUACUAUUGAUCUGUGAAGAUCUUAAGACUAGCUUUACACUCCCAUGAUAGUUUUUAGCCCUUAAAAUUUGCAUGCAGGUAACCUGGAAAUGGGCUGAACAAAGAUAUGUUGGGACAUUAAUAUGUUUCCCCUAUCCAUGAUGGACUGUGAUGAUAAAACACUGUGAACUUGCAGUUACUCGUCCAUCCAUUCUUCCAAAUUGUUUGAAUACGAUAUUCUCAUCAAAAGUCAACCAUUAACACUUGCCAGGAUAGUGUUUCUCUCUACCCACUUUUCCCAUUUUAAGCCAGUGUGUUUAUAGGCUCAGGCCUUGACAAGCUAGUAUGUGUUACUUGUUUAGCUGCAAGUGGAAAGUUUUUAAGAGAGGUAACUGUAAGAAAAUUUUAAUCCCAGCCCCGCUGUCCUCUGUAGCUUCGGCUGGAAGCCUGAAUAUUUGUGAAUAAGAUAGCAAAUGAAGAACUGCUGGGAACAGGAUGUGUAAAAGAGAAAAAAAGAAAAAAAAAGCUUGUAGAAAGUCCCAGCACAAGUAAAAAGAGAAAAAAAAUACAAAAGUAUACAGAGACCAGUAAGUAAUAUAGCAGCUGAUUUCAUAAAUAGUUCUGUCAGUGGUAUAGUGUAGAGGUUGUUAAUAGUCUUCUGUGAGAUGUUCUACUGAACAUGAUUGGCCUCUCUGUGUAGGCACUAGUCUGGUCUCCAAUGGGAGUUUUUUUUUUUUUUUUUUUUUUUUUUUUUUUAAUCUUCAGGCAUUUACCUGGGGUUCGCCAAGUCAGGGUCCACAAAAGCCACUGCUGCCCUCUUAUAUGAAGAGAAUUUAGUCCAUAGGUGCUGAAAAGUUGAUAUUGGCAUUCAGGGGUUUGUUCCUUUUAAUAUGGGAUUCUGUUGGCAUAUAUCCUAAGAAUCCCUGGUGCAUUUAUCUGUAUUGAAAUAUCUGGUGGUGGCAAACAUUGAUCCUCAGUUAGAAUCUUUUACCAGUCAUAUCUCCCCUACAAGUACAUGCAGUGCAGUUUUGUGUUAUGGCCAUGAGUGGGCAAGCCUACUAUAAAAAUUAGCAUUCUAUGUAUUUGCUUCAUUUCUUUUAUAAGCAGCCAAACCCUAGUCAAUAGAUAACAGAACAUAUGCCUUAGUAAAAUAACAUUGCAUUUUUAACAUUUGUUUAUUUUAGUAAUUUAAUUCUGAGGUUGAUUGAAUUCUGGUGUUUUUGAAAUGCAUUUAUUAUGAGGAAAUAUGGGGAAUUCUAUGUCUGAUGAAGUUUUUUGGAAGUUAGCACUAGCUUUUAUAGUUAAUAAAAUGUCUUUUUUUCGCUUU